AUGGGUGUAGCAGGGCUUCUACCAAUCCUCAAGUCUAUUCAGAGGCCAACGGAGCUGAAGAAAUACGAGGGCGAGACCCUGGCCGUUGACGGCUACGGAUGGCUGCACCGCGCUGCCUAUUCCUGUGCUGUCGAGCUGGGUCAGGGCAAACCUACCAAAAAGUUCAUCAAUGGGGCUAUGCACCGAGUCAAGAUGCUGAAGCAUUUUGGUGUCACGCCCUACAUGGUAUUUGACGGCGAUUUCCUCCCUAGCAAGGCCGCUACAGAAGCUUCUCGAGCCAAGAAGCGAGAGGAGAAGCUCAAGCUUGCCAACGAGUACCUGAAAGCCGGGAAGCCCUCCCAGGCAGCGCAAGAGUUCCAGAAAUGCAUCGACAUUACUCCUGAAAUGGCGUCCGCCCUGAUUCAGCAGCUGAAAAAGAUGGAUAUCCCCUACGUCGUGGCCCCCUACGAGGCAGAUGCUCAACUUGUCUACCUUGAGCGUCACGGUUUCGUCAGUGGAAUCAUCUCAGACGAUUCGGAUUUGUUGGUCUUCGGGGCAAAGCGACUGCUGACCAAGCUGGACCAGUAUGGAAACUGCAUUGAGAUCAAUCGACGAGAUUUCUGUGCCUGCCGCGAGAUUUCCUUGACUGGUUGGAGCGAUACCGAGUUUCGACGAAUGGCCAUCAUGAGCGGCUGCGAUUAUCUCAAUGGACUCCCAGGUGUAGGGCUCAAAACAGCAUACCGGAUGCUGCGAAAGACCAAAUCUCCCGAACGCAUUGUCCGCUUGCUGCAGUUGGACGGCAAGCGGAUAUCAGAGAACUAUCUAACUCUGUUCUACCAGGCGGAACUCACUUUUCUACACCAGUGGGUAUUCUGCCCUACCAAGAAAGAGUUGGUCCAUCUCACGGAGCUGGACGGGACGCGCACGGCUGAGGAAAUGCCCUUUAUCGGAGCCUACGUCGAGCCGGAGAUGGCUCGCAAGAUCGCAAGUGGCGACGUCAACCCCAUCACGAAGCUGCCGAUCAUUAUGCCGAUUUCGCCUUCCAAGCGGAGGCAUUCUCAGAGUGCUGCAGCCACAGACGCUCCUACUCGCCCGCAAUCCAAGCCCAUCAAUUCAUAUUUCAAUGGUCAUUAUCGGAUACCUAUGGGCGAGAUGGAUGCCAACUGCUUCUCUGUUGACCCUCAGCGAAUUUCGCAAAUUACCGAAGGGGGUGCCAUUCCACGAGUGUUUCCAUUACCGAGGCCAUACAUACCCGGAUCGCAACAGUCGGGGCAGCCCGUAAACGAUGGCGCGGAUAGCCAUGCGCCAACACAGGCCGUUCCACGUACCUCACCUCGUUUGUAUCGACGUCGAACUGAGCCAAUCACGAACCUCUUGGCAAGUGUCUCAGGCAGCCCCGCACCCCAGGCAGAGGCCUCGGUCAGGCCUUCAAAGAAAGCUCGCCUGUGUGACGACUCGCUUGAUGUUGACGUAGAUGGUUCUCCCAAGAAGAGUCGCUUCUUCCCUGCCCAGAAAGCGGCUAGGAGGAGCCCACGGAAGGCCAAGAGCGAUGCGUAUCUGCUGUUAUCGGACGACUCUCUGGAUGAAGCGCUCAGUAACUUGCCUGACAUUGAAGGCUGGGCAUCUGGGCCACCGUCCAAGAGAGUGUCAAUAUUUUCCGAUAAGAAAAAGGAGCUCCCUCCCAGCCAUCCCGGAGGCACUGGCAGUCAACAAGAUUCUACCCGGACGGACACUAGUCAGCUGGAGCGCAGUCAACAGGAGACGAGUCAACCCUCAAAUACAAGCCAGGAAACAGGACUCACUUCUCUAGACGCCAGCCAGCAGGAAACCCUCGAUGUCAUUCCCGAAUCUCCGGUCGAUGCUUCUACGCCUCUUCCAAAAUACUCCAACAUCGAGUGUGUCGCAACAUUCGUCGGUCUUCAGUGCAAAAUCCACAGCGUCCACCGCGCCGUCGACAGCUCGAUCAAGGCAGACGCCCCUGCAACGGAUGAGAGCGUGAACGCUUUGCGGAAAUCUGCAGAUAAGAAGCAGGCGGUCACAGAGCCGGUCGACCCUGCGCUUGUCCCUCUUCCCAAGGUAGACUUGGACGAAAUGGACGCCCUGAAUAAAGCAUGCGGAAGCGAGGACCAAAUUAUUCCCGAUAGCGACGGGGAAGAGGAGGAUGAGGACGCUGAGGAGAUCCAGCUGCCUACCAAAAAGCUCAACCUCGCGCGUUUCGCCUAUUCUUAG